AUGAAAAGUGAGGUCACCACGUGUAGCUAUACAUUGAAACACGUUGAGGCAGUCAUACCACCCUCAGCUGUAAUACUUGAUGGAUUCCAACUAUCAUGGCUCGAGAUCAUCCGAUCCGAACCUUCACCUCCACCCAUUUUCCAAUGGAUGAUGGCAUUUUCGGGAGGCUUCAUGUACAUGUGUGGCCCAACGGAACCCCAGACGAAAAGUGCAGAGUUCAUGAAGCAAAACACGCAUGACUGCGACAAAGACAUACUCAUCCCAGGCAUGCUUCCAAUGACAUGCCACGAUCUGAAUCCCCAAGACGUAGGUGACAAAGCAAUCAAGAUUCAGAUUGCUAAAACCACCAUGACGCAAUUUGCACAGAGAGCCGACGGCCUUUUGACAGCUUGUGCUCCGGAAUAUGACAGUGUAGAAUGUCUCGGCGCUAUCUCGGAUUGGAUUGCAUGUCAACGAGGUCGGCAAACGUUCCAUCUUGGUCCGAUGUUGCCACUUACUCCGGGCACUACUACCUUCUUCGCCAAAGCUAUUGAAGUUGAAAUCAAUACAUGUCCAGAUGGCUCUGGUAUCGUCGUCACACGUUUCUUGGAUCGAUGUAUGUCAUCUUAUGGAAGGCAUAGUGUCUUCUACAUCAGCUUUGGCACAGAGCACUGGCCAUCCUGUCUUGAUCAUCUCGAAAUCCUUCUAGACGCCAUGGUAGCCCGUAAAUAUCCCUUUCUACUGGCACAUGCACAUGCGGAUGCGCAAACCAUCUCCAAGUUGGAAAACAGAUACCUUGCUAAUGAGGAAGCACUCAUUCUGCCAUUUGUGCCGCAACAAACCGUGCUAUCCCAUGAGGCGUGCGGAUGGUUCAUAACGCACGGAGGAGCAAACGGCGUCAUGGAAGCGCUUACCCAAGGGAUCCCAAUGAUCGGUUGGCCCUUUGCCAUUGACCAGCCUCUCAAUAUUACCCACAUGGCACAUACUAUGGACGCCGGCUUUGAAUUCACUCAGAUGCGAGCGAACUACUGUCCCGUCAAGGCAGCCAGAUCCGAGGAUGUUCUACCUGACAUGGAUGCUUGGGAAAAGGAAGUUGGGGACGUUUUGGCAGCAGCUUUUACAGCUGUGGGCGAGAGGAAGCGGAGGAACGCUGAAUUGAUUGGAAAGAAUCUUGGAAAAGCGUGGGCAGAGGAUAGUGGUAGAGCUAGGCUGCAGCUUUCUAAGUUCCUAGAUACAGUGGGUGUUUGA